AUGGUGAGCACCCUCGAUCCAGUGGUCGACAAGACCCAGAUCAGCUUCAACAAUCCGUAUUAUCAUAUAUGUAUGGCCGGCACCUUCACCCGCCAGUGCCAUCCGCAGUAUCUCUCAUAUGAGGCACAUGCCAAUAUCUCACACCCGGGUGCGCUGGAUGGCAUACAAAUUCACACAGAUGAGAUCGACGAAGUUCUAAGUCAUAUGGACUCCAACAGACUCACCGUCGCUGUCAUUAUGGACAGUAUGGACUGGUUUGACCCAAACGGUGUCGCCGCCGCAACCCAGAUUACCAAACUGAACCGUACACUGAAGAUGGGUGGCCGUGUACUACUUCGCUCUUCGGCACUGCGCCCCUGGUACGUCGACAUUUUCGAAGCCCAUGGCUUUUCCUCCAAGUGCAUGGGCUACAGAACAGAUGGCGCAUGCAUUGAUCGAGUCAAUAUGUAUGCAUCAUGCUGGCUCUGCACUAAGAUGGAGAAUCUACCCCUGUUGACGCCCGAGCCCGAGAUGGAAUGCAUGGAUGUCCCCGAUAUCAACCGUUUCUCUCUAUAG